AUGGCCAAUGCCAUCACAGAUAAUUUCAUGGAGGACGUUGGCAUCACGCAAAACCAGUUCAACGUGGGCCAACAGAUGCUGUCUUUGGGCAUUGUGCUCUUCGAGAUUCCCUCGAACAUGAUUUUGUAUCGGGUCGGUCCUGGAAAAUGGCUAACCCUUCAAUUGUUCCUUUUUGGCACAGUGAGCACAUUCCAGGCCUUCCAGAAAAGCUACGGCUCGUUUAUCACUACUCGUUUUCUCCUUGGAAUGACAGAGUCUGGCUUCAUCCCAGGUGGUCUGUGGACUCUCUCCACCUGGUACACCCGAAGGGAGACUGCGAAGCGUGUUAUGAUCUUCUACUUCGGGAACCAAUUCGGUCAAGCAUCCGCAAAAUUACUGGCAUAUGGUAUUCUCCACAUGCGCGGCGUUGCAGGUAAAGCAGGCUGGUUCUGGUUAUUCGUCCUCAUGGGAAGCUUUACCGUUCUCAGCGGUCUCGUUCUAGGAUUCUUCCUCCCCGACUCUUUCAAGCGGCCUCGCAGCACUUUUCUACCUAAUGUCAAGAUCUUCACAGACAGAGAGAUCCACAUUCUCAACACUCGAGUCAUGCUGGAUGACCCGAUGAAGGGCAAGAAGAAGAAGCGCAUCGGCCGAAUCGCCUUCAAGAAGGCUUUCUCUGCUUGGAGGUUGUGGGUGCACGUUCUCAUCACCCUGGCGAACAAUGGACCGCAACGCGCCUUUGACACCUAUGCUCCGACGAUUGUCAGCAGUUUCGGCUUUGCUUCGCUGUCGGCCAACGCCCUUGCCUCAGUUGGUCUAUUUUUGCAGAUUCCGGUGUCAUUCACAUUCAGUUAUGUGUCGGAUCAUUUCUCGAGGCGAGGAGAAACAGUCAUUGCUGGCCUCAGCAUGCAUCUCCUCGGGUACAUCUUCAAUCGCAUCUUUACCGAAAUCAACAAUCGAGGAUUGAGAUACUUUGGUGUCGUCUGGACGCAAACCUUUGGGACUUUUUCACACCCUCUGAACAUCACGUGGAUGUCGCUUACUUGCGACGACUCGGAAGAAAGAGCUCUUGCGAUGGCCAUGGUUAUUAUGGGCGCGAACAUUGCUGGGAUCUACGGAGCUCAAAUUUUCCGGCAAGACGACCGCCCGCGAUACCGUCGUGCAUUCAGUGUCAAUUGCACUGUGCUGGCGUUUGGCCUGACCCUUGCCAUUGGCAGACACAUUGACGAUGUCAUCCGCCGCCGUCGCAACCGCCGAAGAUUCUCUGCAGGCCGCGAUAGCGACAGACAUCAUUCGGUAGAGAUCCUCGAGAGUGAGAAGAAUGCUGUUGCGCCUCCACCCAGUGAGGAUCAGCCCGGACCAGUCCUCCUCGAGGGAGGUCAGAAGUCAGUCAUCUCCCACGGGCUGAGAGGUACAACUUGA